AUUUGAAUCGCUUUUCAAAACAUUUAAUUCAUAUUAUUGUGGAUUAAGUUGUGAUUGAUUUGUGAUUCAGUUGUGAAUACAAUACAAGUGAUAGCCUUAUAGUGUUUGAGUUGUAUUGAUUGAGCCGUCGAUUGGAUUCAUUGUUGGACUCACUUAUAGACUAUUGAAUGGAGAGAAGACUUGAUUGCAUUCCUGGUGAUUGUCUGGCAAAGAGUGAUGAGUGGACUACUGGUCUGAAGGGCACGUAUUCACGCAAUGGUUAUAUCUAUGCAUCGAUCGCUGGAACCGUUAAGAUUGUGCACAACGAUGACAACACUAAGACACUGGAAGUGCUGAGAGUGGACCGCAACAGACAUUUAGUGCCACAAAUGGACUCAAUAGUGACGUGUCGGGUGCUGUCAAUGACAGCAAGUGUGGUAUGUAUUGCCUAA